CUUGAUCUGUACCAGAUAGGCAUAAAACUUACCAUUUCUCUUUGUUCAACAUACCUAGGGCUCUCGUAUAUUGACCUUGCCUUCGUGUCCUUAAUUCUCGCCUUGAAAUGCUGGGCUUUAGUUUACUCGCGCUGCCGUCCGUUGUCUAUGCAUUAGCAAUGCCUUCGCCCAAUUUGCAUAAUUCUCCCCAACGUUCAAGCAGCUGCAGUUGUGACCUUUCAGGAGCUCGACUUGUCUUCCCAGAUGGCUCGGCGAUUGCAUCCCCUUCCGGCGCUCCUUCAUUCAUUGGUCUUGGUAUAGGUGCACAAAAUUACACCUGUACAACUGAUGGUGUUUAUUCAAACAUUGGCGCCGUCGCUAAAAUAUUCGACAUCUCCUGCCUCCUCGGAACGCUUCUCUUCGACCAUAUACAAGACCUAGCUAUUGCUGCAUGGCAACAUGCCCAAAACGCCGAGAGCGUGCCAUCGAAGCUCUGUCUGGGAAUUCGUGUGCUUGGAGACCAUUUCUUCAUUACAAACCCCGUCACAGGCUCAGGCAUCAGUCCAAAGUGGGAUUUCACCGCUUCGUUGCAUGACUCUGAGGCCUUUGUUGUUGCGGCGAAAAGUGGAUCCAUGCCUGCACCGACUGGAAGCUCAGAUAUCGAUUGGUUGGUUCUUGACCGAGUCCUUGGGUCGCUCGCGACUCAAGUCUACCGCGUUGAUACAAGGGGUGGACAGCCUCCUGCAAAGUGUACCUCGGGAUCUGCGCCUAUCACCGUGAAAUAUACGGCAAAAUAUUGUGAGUGCUAG